AUGAACAGGGACGACUACAUCAAAGAGGCUAAUCGGCAACUCGCCAACGAGACAUUUUAUCGUCAGGUCGAUAGUGACCUGACGCACCAAGAAGAUGUGAAGACGGUUUACAGAAAGGUCACGAGUAAAACUUUUGAAAAUCAAUUGAUAGAUACAAGCCCUGUGCAGCCUUUGAUAAGAGAUCCUAUCCUGAUAGAUACAAGCCCCGUGCAGACUUUGAUAAGAGAUCCUAUCCUGAUAGAUACGAAGCCCAGUGCAGCCUUUGAUAAGAGAUCCUAUCCUGACAGAUACAAGCCCAGUGCAGCCUUUGAUAAGAGAUCCUAUCCUGAUAGAUACAAGCCCAGUGCAGACUUUGAUAAGAGAUCCUAUCCUGAUAGAUACAAGCCCAAUGCAGCCUUUGAUAAGAGAUCCUAUCCUGAUAGAUACAAGCCCUGUACAGCCUUUGAUAAGAGAUCCUAUCCUGAUAGAUACAAGCCCUGUGCAGCCUUUGAUAAGAGAUCCUAUCCUGAUAGAUACAAGCCCCGUGCAGACUUUGAUAAGAGAUCCUAUCCUGAUAGAUACAAACCCAGUGCAGCCUUUGAUAAGAGAUCCUAUCCUGAUAGAUACAAGCCCAUUGCAGCCUUUGAUAAGAGGUCCUAUCCUAAUAGAUACAAGCCCAGUGCAGCCUUUGAUAAGAGAUCCUAUCCUGAUAGAUACAAGCCCCGUGCAGACUUUGAUAAGAGAUCCUACCCUGAUAGAUACAAGCCCCGUGCAGACUUUGAUAAGCGAUCCUAUCCUGAUAGAUACAAACCCAGUGCAGCCUUUGAUAAGAGUUCCUAUCCUGAUAGAUCCAAGCCCAGUGCAGACUUUGAUAAGAGAUCAUAUCCUAAUAGAUACAAGCCCAGUGCAUCCUUUGAUAAGAGUUCCUAUCCUGAUAGAUCCAAGCCCAGUGCAGACUUUGAUAAGAGGUCCCAUCCUGAUAGAUACAAGCCCAGUGCAGUCUUUGAUAAGAGAUCCUAUCCUGAUAGACACAAGCCCUGUGCAGCCUUUGAUAAGAGAUACAAGCCCAGUGCAGCCUUUGAUGAGAGAUCCUAUCCUGGUAGAUACAAGCCCAGUGCAGACUUUGAUAAGAGAUCAUAUCCUAAUAGAUACAAGCCCAGUGCAGCCUUUGAUGAGAGAUCCUAUCCUGAUAGAUACAAGCCCAUUGCAGCCUUUGAUAAGAGGUCAUAUCCUAAUAGAUACAAGCCCAGUGCAUCCUUUGAUAAGAGUUCCUAUCCUGAUAGAUACAAGCCCAUUGCAGCCUUUGAUAAGAGGUCAUAUCCUGAUAGAUACAAGCCCAAUGCAGCCUUUGAUAAGAGGUCCUAUCCUUAUAGAUACAAGCCCAGUGCAGCCUUUGAUAAGAGUUCCUAUCCUGAUAGAUACAAGCCCAUUGCAGCCUUUGAUAAGAGGUCCUAUCCUGGUAGAUACAAGCCCAGUGCAGACUUUGAUAAGAGAUCAUAUCCUGAUAGAUACAAGCCCAGUGCAGUCUUUGAUAAGAGAUCCUAUCCUGAUAGAUACAACCCCAGUGCAGCCUUUGAUAAGAGAUCCUAUCCUGAUAGAUACAAGGCCAGUGCAGCCUUUGAUAAGAGGUCAUAUCCUAAUAGAUACAAGCCCAGUGCAUCCUUUGAUAAGAGUUCCUAUCCUGAUAGAUACAAGCCCAUUGCAGCCUUUGAUAAGAGGGCCUAUCCUAAUAGAUACAAGCCCAGUGCAGCCUUUGAUAAGAGGUCCUAUCCUGAUAGCAUGUUAACAUCAACAGGAGAAUACGAAGUGUCGACAUAA